UUAAGGCGUCGUGGCCUCGCCCGCCCCGCCUUAGCUCCAGCGCUAGAGAGAAACAUGUAUCGUUUCCGAUUACAGCUCUUCACGGGGAUUUCUGCUGCCGCCACUGCCCACUCUUACCCGCGCCGCUUCUCGCCUCUGUUAGUCGAAAACUCACCUCUCAGCCGCCCGCCGCACAGACGCACGAGUAAAAAGUGCAGCUCCAUCGGCUGAUCUUCGCUAAGCUCCGAGUUUAGGCGGCACCGGGCGUCCCACGAUGCCGAAGAAUAAGAAGCGGAACACUCCCCAUCGCGGUGGCAGUAGUGGCGGCAGCUCAGGGGCAGCUGCAGCGACGGCGGCGACAGCAGGUGGCCAGCAUCGAAAUGUUCAACCUUUUAGUGAUGAGGAUGCAUCGAUUGAAACAAUGAGCCAUUGCAGUGGUUACAGUGAUCCUUCCAGUUUUGCUGAAGAUGGACCAGAAGUCCUCGAUGAGGAAGGAACUCAAGAAGACUUAGAGUAUAAGUUGAAGGGAUUCAUUGACCUGACCCUAGAUAAGAGUGCGAAGACAAGGCAGGCAGCUCUUGAAGGUAUUAAAAAUAUACUGGCUUCAAAGAUGCUUUAUGAAUUUAUUCUGGAAAGAAGAAUGACUUUAACUGAUAGUAUUGAACGCUGCCUGAAAAAAGGUAAAGGUGAUGAGCAGCGUGCAGCUGCAGCAUUAGCAUCUGUUCUCUGUAUUCAGUUGGGCCCUGGAAUUGAAAGUGAAGAGGUUUUAAAGACUCUUGGACCAAUCCUGAAGAAAAUAAUUUGUGAUGGAACAGCUAGUAUCCAGGCUAGGCAAACUUGUGCAACUUGCUUUGCUGUUUGCUGUUUUAUUGCCACAGAUGACAUUACUGAGCUGUAUUCAACUCUGCAGUGUUUGGAAAAUAUCUUCACCAAGUCCUAUCUCAAAGAGAACGACACUAAUGUUGUCUGCAGCACCCCUACUACAGCGCUUCAUAUCAGCUCACUUCUCGUGUGGACAUUAUUACUGACCAUAUGCCCAAUCAAUGAAGUGAAGAAAAAGCUUGAGGUGCAUUUCCAUAAACUUCCAAGCCUCCUCUCUUCUGAUGAUGUAAACAUGAGAAUAGCUGCUGGUGAAUCUCUGGCACUUCUGUUUGAAUUGGCCAGAGGAAUAGAGAGUGACUUUUUUUACGAAGACAUGGAGUCUUUGACUCAGAUGCUUAGGGCUUUGGCUACAGAUGGAACUAAGCACCGGGCCAAAGUGGACAAGAGAAAGCAGCGGUCGGUGUUCAGAGACAUCCUUAGGGCGGUAGAGGAACGGGAUUUUCCAACAGAAACUGUUAAAUUUGGUCCUGAACGCAUGUAUAUUGAUUGCUGGGUCAAAAAACAUACAUAUGACACCUUUAAGGAGGUUCUUGGAUCAGGGAUGCAGUACCACUUGCAGUCAAAUGAAUUCCUUCGCAAUGUUUUUGAACUUGGACCCCCAGUGAUGCUUGAUGCUGCAACACUUAAAACAAUGAAGAUUUCUCGUUUUGAAAGGCAUUUAUAUAAUUCUGCCGCCUUCAAAGCUCGAACAAAAGCCCGAAGCAAAUGUCGAGAUAAGAGAGCAGAUGUUGGAGAAUUCUUCUAGGCUUUUAGCAUUUGAAGACCACUUUCUAAUUUCCCUUUUUUUAAAAAAAAAAUAAUAAUUUCUAAUGUAUUUAAACUCUAGAGACAGUUUUUUAUCUUGGGUCAACAGAUAGCUUUUGUAGUAGGGGUUAUAUUAUAAUUUAAUGUGUAGUAUUGCAACUGGUGAGUUCUGGUUAUUGAAUAUUCUCUGUAUAUAUAAUCAGUAAACAUUAAUAAAGUGUUUGUAGUGUGUGGUCAUUUUCUAUUUAUGAAGAGAGCAAAAAUAUAGUAUUUCACUUGAUUUCAUGAUGAGAAAAACUAUUAGCUGAGGUUAAAUUUCUUACGUUGUGGUUGUCAGAAAUAUUGAUUAUAAUGAUAUAGAUAUACAAGGUAUUUAACUUAAGAUCUUAGACAGAUGAGUUCUGGAUACAAUUUUGGGAGCUAGAUCUUCUGGAAAAGCUGCUAUUAUUUUCAAUUUUAAAUGGAACCUAAUAAUUUUGUUACUGGGAUCAACAAAGGGAAUUAUACCAUGAGACCUUACAGCUGCACUUACAGGCCAUUCAGUCCAUCUGUUAUUCAUAAUGAAUUUGUAUAUGCCAGAAGAUUUGCUAGCCUUGACCUCUGAGGGCAGUAACACUAAUUUUAUCUGCUGUGUAAGACCUUGUGCCCUUUAUUUUGAAAUAAAGAUCUUUUCACACUAAAA